AUGCCCUCCGAACCCACAAAGGCCUCCAACGCGGGCAUCGUCACUGACGACGCGGGCGAGCGCCAAAUCCCCGAGUCCGUACGCGCAGACGGCAGCACCCGGAAGGCGAUCAAGAUUCGCCCCGGCUACCGCCCCGCCGAGGAUGUAGAAGUCUACAAGAACCGCACGGCCACCGCUUUCCGAGAUCGCGCGACGAGAAUUGGCAUACCCGGUGCGGCUGGAUUGAAGGAGGACAAGCCCGAGGCUUCCUCUUCCGCUGCGAGCAAUAAGAAUGCGAAGCGCAGGGAGGCUAGGAAGAAGGCCAAGGCCGGUAACGACGGCGAGGGUGACCAGGCUGCGAAGCCCGAAGCCGAAGCGUCCAAGCCCGAAGAGGUUGACCCCGAGGUGGAGAGAGAAAAGAAGGCUCGAAACUUGAAAAAGAAGCUGAAGCAGGCCAAGGACCUCAAGAACAAGAAAGAGGACGGCGAGACCCUGUUGCCGGAGCAGAUCGCCAAGGUCAUCAAGAUCAACGAGCUCAUUCGCGAGCUGGAAGCUCUUGGCUUCGAUGCCGAUGGUGAACCGAAGACAAAGACGGAGGAUGGAGAGUCGGCGCCCAAGACGGACGGAAAAGACGCCUGA